UUUUUAUCAAAAUGUCCGAAAAUCCACAACAAAAUGGUGUUGGUCCCAGAAAUCGUCGAAUUUCUUUGGGUUCACCCAAAGAUUUGAAAGAAGUGCAAUUUUUUGAGGAUGAGGAAAUUCCAGAUGUUCCUCCUAAAGGUGCACGUGUUCGGGUUUGUUAUGCUGGCGUUUGUCUCACUGAUAAAGAGGUUUCCAACACUAAACAAGCACGUAUCAUUAAUGGCAUCAAAGAUACAAGUUUGUUUCCUGGUUACGAGAUCAGUGGGGUUAUUGACGAGUUUGGACCUCAGGCGAAUGCGGAAGAGUAUGACCUAAAGAAAAACGAUAAAGUUAUUGUUUGGCCAACUGACGAGAUGUGUAUGAGCGGAUAUGCCGAUUUUGUGGCCGUUCCAGACCUGUCUUUACUUGUUCGAAUUCCUGAAGCUGUAUCAAUGCACGUUGCUUCAAUUCUUCCUGCUGGUGCUACAUGGGCCUUAUCUGCUGUAGUUUAUGCCCGCCCAGUUGUCGAGGCAAUUGCCAACACAAAAGGAUAUUGCAAUAUAAUGAUUGUUGGUGCUGGUGGACUUGGCUUAUGGAUUCUUACUUUGGCCAAACAUUUUUUGUGUGAAGAUACCCGAGUUAAAUUAAUCGUAGCAGAUGCCAAAGAAGAGCGUCUUAUUUUGGCUGAAAGGAAUGGUUCUGACUUUUUGGUUCAUUGGGAUGAUGGGGAAUUCGAAGAGUACCUGAUUAUGCGAACCAAAGACGUUGCUGCCGAAGGCGCUAAUGUCAUUUUUGAUUUUGUUACAUCUCCACGAACUGUUAAUCGUUCUCUUAGAUGUCUUUCUGAGGGAGGUGUUCUCUUUGUUGGUGGACUUUGCGGUUUGGAUGUAACUGUUCCAAUUAAAUUAGUUGCUCGUAGUCGUUUGGCAAUAAUGGGAAUAACUCGCGGAAGUAUUGACCAGUUGAAAAGCCUUGUUUCACUUCUCGCUGAGGGGAAAAUUAAAGCUCCAAAUUACAGCAUAUAUCCAGUUGAUCAGGCUUCGCAUGUUUGUUUAAUUAAAAAAUUUUUUAAAUCUAACAAGGAACCAUUCUUUAUUGUGAUUUCGAAUUUGAUAUAUUUUUUGUUACCAUUCGAUAGAGGACCCUCGAUUACUAUUGUUGUUUGCGGUUUUUCUUUCAAAAUUAGUUUGGGCCGAGUUAUGGCCGUUCAAAGUUUCAGUUCGGGGAAGUGUUUAUUUACUCUAUAA